CCCUACUCUUCCAAAAGAAAAUAGUAAUAGUAAUAGUAAUGAUAAUAAAUAAUAGAGGCUGUUUUUCCAUUCUCUCACAAGACUAUGAUGUAGAUUUAAUUAUUGAACUCAAAGAAGAAAUUCAGAAAUAGAAUCCCUUCACUUUCCCAGCUUGUGAUUGGCUGUAUCCUCAACCCAGUUCUGAAUAGGGAGCAAGUUUGGAGGCUGAGGAACCACAGAGGCAGGGCCAAGCCCCAUGAAGCAGGGUGGGCAGAAAGGAGAGAUGAGGGAAAUUGGGAAGUGAACAGAGGUGGAAGAGGACGACAAACAGUGGGCUAUUGCACAUUCCUCUUUCCCAGAGUUCCAUUUACCCUAGCUUCUUGCCAAAUUAUCUACUCUUAUUUUUUCUUGGCAGAAUUCUGAAAAGGCCAUCCAGUUCAAUUCGAAGCCUUUUCUUUUACCAGUUAGAGACACAAAUAACAGGUCAUCUGGAACGUUUUUGCGGGCUUCUGCGGCCGCCAUGGACGAGCAGGCGGGUCCCGGCGUCUUCUUCAGCAACAACCACCCGGGUGCUGCCGGUGCCAAGGGUCUCGGGCCUCUGGCGGAGACGGCCGGGGACGGGGCGGCUGCGGCGGGGGCGGCCCGAGCCCAGUACAGCCUCCCGGGGAUCCUGCACUUCCUGCAGCACGAGUGGGCCCGCUUCGAGGUGGAGAGAGCCCAGUGGGAGGUGGAGCGGGCGGAGCUGCAGGCCCAGAUUGCCUUUCUUCAGGGGGAAAGGAAAGGUCAAGAAAAUUUGAAGAAGGAUCUUGUGAGAAGGAUCAAAAUGCUGGAGUAUGCGCUUAAACAGGAAAGAGCCAAAUACCACAAGUUGAAAUAUGGGACAGAAUUGAAUCAGGGAGAUAUGAAGCCUCCAAGCUAUGAUUCUGAUGAAGGUAAUGAAACAGAGGUCCAGCCACAACAGAACAGCCAGUUAAUGUGGAAACAAGGUCGACAACUACUCAGACAGUAUCUGCAGGAGGUGGGUUACACAGAUACUAUUCUAGAUGUGAAGUCUAAACGAGUGCGAGCUUUGUUGGGCUUUUCUAGUGAUGUCACUGACAGGGAAGAGGACAAAAAUCAGGACUCAGUUAUAAAUGGCACAGAGGGUGAAAUUAAAGACACAGCAAUGAUUGGGAAAUCCGAGUUAACGGAUCCUGCCUCUGUGCUGGAUAAUUUCAAAUUCCCUGAAAACGUAACUGCAGAUUUCAGUGAUGAAGAUGAAGAUGAUGACAUUGAUGGACGAGAGAAAAGCAUUAUUGAUACUUCAACAAUUGUUAGGAAAAAAGCAUUGUCUGAUAGCAGUGAAGAUCGAGAUACAGAAGAAGCUCUAAAGGAAUUUGACUUCUUGGUUACAUCAGAGGAAGGCGACAGUGAAUCUAGAAGUGCAGGCGAUGGAACAGACUGGGAAAAGGAAGACCAGUGUCUCAUGCCUGAAGCUUGGAAUGUGGACCAGGGAGUAAUUACCAAACUCAAGGAACAAUACAAAAAGGAGAGAAAGGGGAAAAAGGGGGUGAAGAGAAAAACUACCGAAGAUCUGUUUCAGCCUCUAUCCUAUAUAAAACAGUCAAAACAGGGAUGUGAGAGAAUGAAGAAUCAAAUUUCUGGACCCAACAGGUCAAAACUACAAGAUAUGCUUGCUAAUUUAAGAGAUGUUGAUGAACUUCCCUCAUUGCAACCAUCUGUGGGUUCACCUUCCAGACCUAGCAGCUCCAGGCUUCCUGAACACGAAAUAAAUAGGGCAGAUGAAGUGGAAGCACUCACAUUUCCUCCUUCUUCUGGGAAGUCAUUCAUCAUGGGAGCAGAUGAAGCUCUUGAAAAUGAACUGGGACUUGGAGAAUUGGCAGGCCUUACAGUCGCCAAUGAAGCAGAUACACUAACUUACGAUAUAGCAAAUAAUAAAGAUGCAUUGAGGAAGACUUGGAACCCUAAGUUUACAUUAAGAAGUCACUUUGAUGGCAUUCGAGCCCUUGCUUUCCACCCCAUUGAGCCUGUUUUGAUAACAGCAUCAGAGGAUCACACAUUAAAAAUGUGGAAUUUACAGAAAACAGCCCCAGCCAAAAAGAGCACCUCUCUUGACGUGGAGCCUAUCUAUACGUUCAGGGCUCAUAAAGGGCCGGUGCUCUGUGUGGUGAUGAGCAGCAACGGCGAGCAGUGUUACAGCGGUGGGACCGACGGGCUGAUCCAGGGCUGGAACACCACCAACCCCAACAUCGAUCCCUAUGACUCCUAUGAUCCUUCUGUUUUGAGAGGUCCUCUGCUCGGCCACACCGAUGCAGUGUGGGGUCUGGCUUACAGUGCGGCACACCAGCGCUUGCUGUCCUGCUCAGCAGAUGGCACUCUCCGCUUGUGGAAUACAGCCGAGGCAGCGCCAGCCUUAAGUGUAUUUAAUGAUAAUCAAGAAUUGGGAAUCCCUGCCUCUGUGGAUCUAGUGAGCAGUGACCCGAGCCAUAUGGUAGCAUCAUUCAGCAAAGGAUAUACAAGCAUCUUCAACAUGGAAACACAACAACGCAUUCUGACUUUAGAAUCCAAUGUAGAUAUGACCUCCAACUCUUCCUGCCAAAUAAAUAGAGUCAUCAGCCAUCCCACUCUUCCCAUCAGCAUCACUGCUCAUGAAGACAGGCACAUCAAAUUCUAUGAUAACAAUACAGGCAAACUGAUCCAUUCGAUGGUAGCCCACCUAGAAGCUGUUACAAGUUUAGCAGUUGAUCCUAAUGGCCUGUACUUGAUGUCUGGCAGUCAUGACUGUUCAAUACGUUUAUGGAACCUAGAAAGUAAGACAUGUAUCCAAGAGUUCACAGCUCAUCGGAAAAAGUUUGAAGAAUCAAUUCAUGAUGUAGCUUUCCACCCAUCCAAAUGCUAUAUAGCCAGUGCUGGAGCUGAUGCACUGGCUAAAGUCUUUGUAUGACAGAAUGCAUCCUCUUCACCUUCUAGCUCUUUAUAAAUAAUCGACUGCACAAAAGAGAUACAAGAGACCAGGGCAAGAAUCAACUCCUUUUGCCCUUUUGUUCUGCUGAAGGAGCACAGAGAACAUUUGUUAAAGUAUAGUUUUGCAAUUCGUAUACUGUUUUCUAAAACUAAGGUUUGUUCAGUUUGCUGCAAGCUCAGCUGAAUCUGUGAGCCUGAAACUGUUUCAAAUUUUUCCCAAAGUAGGAAUUUUUAUUUCUAAAGUUGUUCUAAUUCGCUAGGCAGGCCUGAGCGAACAUAGGUUUAGCUUGUCCCCUAUUGAGUAAAUGGGGCACACUAUAAAGGAUAAUUAAAAACCUUGAUGGCUGGGAAUGAGUAGAGGAAAAGCUGAAAUUUAGUCCUAGUUCUCCCCUGAGAAAUCUUGUUAAACACAUUAGGUAGUCAAAACAUUAAUCUUUACCAUAUCUGCUGAACUAAUCUCUGUAUGCAUAAUGACCAGGCAGUGUUAAAAUGAGUUUUUAAUUUAGCUCUCCUUUCAGCUGGUCACAUAAAGCACCUGGCAAAGCAUUUUACCUAUUAGGGAAGAAAAAAGAAAUGCAAUAAUAUGUUAAAUAUAUUAUUAUUCAGAAAUGCUAAACAUUCAGUUUGUAAGCAGAUAUCUAUAUUGUAUUACAUUUUUGAAAGUGCAUUUGGUACCAUUCUAAAGUUUAACUAUCAGAAACACUCAACAUAAUGAAGAAUAGUUGAUAGACUCUGCUUUUACUAAAGGAUUUAACUUAAUUCAGGUGUAAGAUUCUGUUUAUUUUUAAGGGCAAGCAGGGCAUAUCUUUAUAAUAAUUUCUAUUAAUUUUAAAAUUCACUUUAUUCAUAUGAUAUUUAUAGUAUCAGAGUGAUUAUUUCAUAUUGAUAAAAUCUUAACUUUUCAGUGGUUGAAGAGAUUGUAGUCAUUUGCAAGUACUCAUUCCUCAAAACCCACAUAACCACAUCUCGGAUGAUCUUUAUACUUUCCUUUUGUCUCUCACAGUCAAAUGAUCUGAUACCUACCAAAAAAUAGUUCAUAAUUAUGUUUUAACAGUGCAAGGGGUAUGGUUAAUCUCAGUCAGCUGCUUUUACAAACAUACUAAAUAAAGCAAAUGUUUUAUACUCCAGAAGUCCUCUAUUAGCAUCUCCAAUAAGAAGAACCUCUUGAAAAGCUGGAUGGAAGAGUUCAGUGUAUAAUAUUGGAUAAAUAGUUUUCUCUCUCUCUUCCCCUCCCUACCCCUCAUCCAUUGUUUAAUUUAAAACAUGGCACGUUUUCAUGGGCAGUGAGUCAGUGUCGUUUCUGGGGAAAACCACGUCAUAAAGGAGUAGGGUUCCCUGAGCCCCUUGCCUCUGACCAACAUGUGUUCUGUCGGCUCUUGGGAUGCCCAUGACCCUGCUCCCUGACCCUGGGGCACAGACGUCGUCCCUGCAGCUCUCCCCUCUCCUCGCACUCUCUUGUUUGCUCAGAAUGUCAGAGACCAAUCUAGAAAUUGGAAAUAAGUUACUAAUGUCCAACUUUUCGGCAAAAUGUAUAUAUAAUAGGCUUUCAGACUUUAAAAAAAAAUACAUGUCCAUAAAUAUUUUAACUUUUUAGUACAAUUCCUACAUUCCUAUCCCCACAUAUUCCAUUGUCAUAGCAAUUUCACUUCUAAUGAUAUGUACUUCUUGAAGAAUUAUUCUGGCAUUGAUGUGGAUGAUAAUUGACAAUUUUUCUUUAAAAUUUCUGCUUGUCUGCUUCUAGAAUUCUUCAGUAUACAGGCAAAGUAUCUUUAAAGUGAAGGACCUGUGCUAAAUUUGCUUGGUUGUUAUACAAAUAUGCUUUAAUAUUUUGACACCGAUACCUUGUCCUUUCAUCUGUGCUUUGGUUAACACUGGGCUCAAGGGACUCUUUUCUGUAAUCAGAUGAAUUGACCUGGACAUGAGCUACCACACCGUAGCCGAGCUCCAUACCGGGUGAAUGUUUAUAUUCCCAGGCACAUACGGCAUUCCACAUUGUGUCUGGUAAAUUCCUCCUUUGGUUCUUCACAGAGUAAAGUAACGGUGUUGCUAGCCUAACAUUUGUAGAAGGAUACUGGAAAAUUCUAGCUGGGUGCCCACCCUUGGCAUGUUUAUGAUGGACAACUGCAAAGUUAUUGUUCUACCAGUUAUUGCUUUAAUUACCUUCUAAGGUAAUUAAAGGUCUUCAGUACCACCUUUAUUUAUGUCACUGAAAUUCUCAAAGCCAAGACUGUCUCUUCACCUACAUUUUAUACCUCAUGGUUGAAAUUUUUCUGGUAGUGAGUGAAAAACAACCAAGAGAUAUGUAGACCAUAGUGCAAGUGAUGGACCUGUUGAAGGUUCCUUAGGAAGCCAGUGCUGUGCCUCUGGAGACUGUACAUAGAAACAGAGAUUCUUCUCUACUAGCGCUGUGUGAGAGCAGCCUAGCAGUGAGCCAAAGCUGCCUUCCAGUCUGAUAGAAGCAUAUACACGUGUCUGAUUUUUCCCUCAGCCUAUUGAAAAGGCGAGCAAAAUUCACAAAAUGAAAAAAAACCCCAUGAUUUGAACAGUCAUUGAAAUGCUUUCAUAGGGCUUGGUUUGUAAAUAUUUUGGAUGAAAUGUAUUGGAAUAGUAUGAAAAUCAAGAGAUGUGGGUUCCUGCCUUAUUUUCAUAUGCCGUGGUACAUCUCUGGGAGCUCACAGCACCCUUCUCAAAACUCAGCUGUCAUAUGGAGCUCAUUUGCUACUCGGACCAUAGAUUGAUAUUUAACAUAAGUGGUAUAAUGACCUUCAGUAUUUUUCUAUUGAACAGGUUUAUCAAUUUUUGCCAUUAAAUAGAUAAUUCGUUAUGCAAGUAUUUAGAUUUUAUAAUCAUUUUAGUUAUGACUAAAAAGGGAGAAAUUGAGCUGCAUCACUGAUAAUGAACUUUGUGAGAAAUUUUUUGUUUAGCUGACUUUCAUUCCUUCAGUAUUGUUAUAAAUUUCUGUUGGAGAGGAUGAAGAUUUAUUUGAAAAUGUCUAAAAUGUAUGUAAAUUUUAUAAAUAUAUAUUAUAUAUAUUGUAAGAAUAUAUAUAAUAUAUAUAGGCUAUAUAUAUAUAUAUAUAUAAAACCAUAGGUGCAUUUUACUGUUUUGUAUUUUCAUUUUUGGAGGUAGUGUACACAGCAGGUAAUGAGGAGUGUGAUGGGUGUUGUGCUGUUUGCUUCUGCAGUAUAAUAUACAGAGUUCCAAAUGUUUAAAUGACUGUAAAUACGAUAUUCAUUAUAGGCUAGCAUGCUUGUUUUAAAGACUGUCAUUCUAGUUUAUUAAAAUCUGAAUGUAAGAAAACUUGGCUAUUUAAAUGUGAAUUGAAAAAUAUUUCAAUCUCAGUACUGAACUGUUUCCAUCAAACAUUCAGGAUUUUUAACAAAAACAGGUAUCAUCAAGAAGGCAAUAGCUAGAGAGAGAGGUGCCUUUUAAAAAAAACACAAAUGCAGCCUUACAGUGAGGAUGAGGACUGAGUUUGGGGGGGAGGGGGAGAGAGAGCGAGGACAACUGUGUGUGUGGAAUGUGUGUGUGUGUGCAUGCCCCGAUCUGUGAAGGUCCCGAUUUGUGACCGUAAUGUCUUUUUAAUGUAUCUGCUCAGCUUCUAGGACUUCAGGGGACAUUUCAUGCGCUGUCUUUGUGCUCUUCUGAGCGCCAUUUAUACUUUCCAAGAAUUCUGAAUGUGAAUUCCUAAAUAUUUUAAUAGUGAAGAAAAUAACUCUUUAUUUCAUUAUAGUCAAGUUCAGGUAAAAGGGGAAAUUAUUGGCUCACCAAAAUUAUGGGGUCUCAUUCAUGUUGGAUAAGUAAAUGUAAUUUUUAAAAACUCAUUUUUUUUUUUAGUAUUUCAUAUAUUUCCCCCUUAUACAAGAUCAUGUCAUGAAAUUCUUAUGUAAUGGACAUUCAACUAGUAAAAAUUAUUUUUAGAUAAACACCAGAACUAGUUAAAAUUCCACCUAAGAAUAGUAUUUAAAUGGCAUCUUUCAUAUCUACCUCUUUGUCAUUGCUGCCAUUUUAACGAAAGCAAACCUUUAUGACAUCUGGAAUGAUGGUUGGAUGCAAUUUAAAAAUCUAUGUUGGUGCUUUUCUCAGGCUUUGUCAUUUUAAGUUAUAUUGAACUAAGAUGUCACAAAUCAGAUUGAAAGACGUACAAUUAAUUUUGAUUUUCUUUGGAAAGAACUGCUUAAAAUUUAUCAUUAAUACUGAUAGUUAAGAUAGUUAAUCUCUGAUUAGUAUAUAUGUCUGUGUGAUGUUUUCAACCAAGAGCCAAACUGUUAAUGAAUUUAUAUGGAAAAAGAGCUCUAAGUAUAAUUUUCUUCAGCUUACUUUACUCUUUGGAAACUAUUUCAAGGCAAUUAAGUACAUAAUCAUUAGUUGUAUUUACUUAGCAGUUGCCUCCAUUACUGUUACUUGUUUAGUUAUUUAUAUAAUUGCAGACCUUUAAGUGUUUGACACUGGGACUCAGGUUGUACAAAAAUAGUUGUUGGCAGAAAUUAUAUGUAUAUUUUUGUGAAGUGUAUCAGUUCCCAAAGUUCAUUUUAGGGGAUGGUCCAGAAGACUAACAGCUGUGUUUAGAAACAGAAGAUAGGUCAUUGGUAAAUGAUUGAAAUAAUUUUUACCUUUGCCACUGAAGGCUUUUUAAUUGGCCGUAUUCGUUAUCCAACUGGGUCUCCAUGUCACUAUAAGGAACAGAAGGUUGACAAACUAUUUAACAGAUUGCAUCAGGGUUUUUUUUUUUUUUCAUUAUUCUUAAAACAAAUAUUAGGCCAAUCAGAGAUCCUAGAUCCCACUUACUUAUUCUAGCAGCAUUCCUGAAGUAGUGCUUAGGGGUCAGAAUUUCCUGGAUCUUUGCUGAUCAAGCUUUAGAUUUGAUUUAACUGGGACCACAUGUUUGUCAUCCCUCUGAUGCAAAUUAGAAAGUUCAUUUUAAUUUAGGUUAACUGUAAUGUCUGCCUGGGUUUUUAACAGGCUGUGAACCAGUGAGUGCCUUGUUUAUGUAGAAUGAUUUUUUCUGGUUGUAUAUUAGCUCCUUUCUGAAAAUGUCUCCAAGAAUGGUAUUUUAGUUGACUUGGAGAGAGGGCUGCUUAACUUGGUGUUACCAGCGAGCAGAAAGUCUUCAGUGUGUCGCAUUCCUCCCUCCCUCCCCUUUUCUUGUUUGGCUGAAGUUUGCCUUUUGUGAGAAACAAAUACAACCCCUCUUCUCCACACGGUUUUCCAAUCCCCAUGAAGAGUUAUCCCUUACGCUCAUCCCAACUGUAUGGUCUAGUAACUGUUUUUAGGAGGAACCACUUAUUUGUAGUCCUGAAACCUAUCGGUUAUUUUAUGUGUUCUCGACUUCAGUUUACUAGAGCUGACCUCAGGGCAUCAUCAGUUCAGAUUCCUAUAUAACUCCUUUUUUCCACAUGCUACCCCCUCCCCCCGCCCAAACUGGUGAACCCUGGGCCAGAUUGUUUGAUCUUCAGGUAUUUUAAAUAUCAGUUAUAAUAUCAAUUAAUGUAAAUUAAUCCAAAUGCUAAUCUUUGUGGUGCAAGAAGUUUCUUUUGUAAAUUCAGGGUAUGGAUAAGCUAAUUAAGAUAUCCUUUUUUUGGUGGCUCUACGUGUAUUACUUGUUUUUAAAUAAAGUGUACAAAUAUAGAUAAUGUGCUAUAGGUGUCUCAUGAAUUGAAAUAUUUGUCAGAUUUGGAAUCUAACAUAUUUGCAGUUAAAAAUACUUUUAAUGCAACCUGAUUUUGUUAUUUUGGGUGCUGCUAGAGGGGUACAGAGAAAUAAAAGGGUGUUAGACAAAGUAGCUGUGAAUCCAAAAUAAUGAACCAUACUUAACUAUUAAUUGUAAGAACAGUGGAGGAGUUUAUCAUGAUAGAGAGUUUGGACCUUUGGAAGGCCAGUGAAGUGAAAAAUACCCCUUAAGAUUGGAUCAACGAUACUUUCAGGGACACGGGCUUAUUUUUUUCAAGUGUUCAGUUAUAUAAUUUUUAAAAAUUAUACACGCAUGUAUAUAAAUAUAAUUUUUUUCUUUAUUUGGCUACUUAACAGACAAGCAUUAGCCCUUUCCUUUCCCUUGCUCCUUCAGAUCAACAUUAUGUUUUCAAAGGCUUCCCUGCCCCAAACUCUGUUCCAAUCUGGAGUCACAAUACUGUAUGGAAUCUAAAUGAUACCCCUUCUGGUGCCCUUGAAACCUACCCAGUGUUCUUCGAUGUUUUGAAUGCUGCUGUAGCAAUAAGUAUUAUACCUUUGGUGUAUACAUAUUUGUCAGUAGUGUCAGAAAUGUCCCUUUUGUUCCUUUUAAUGAGAACUGAGACAUACUUGUCUAGAGCUAUUUUAGACUACUGUAGCUCAGAAGGUCAAUAGGACUCCCAAGUUUUUCAUGGGCUGGUGGACCCCUGGGGUCAGCCCAGGUUCAGGGUGGUAUUCUGACUUGGAUUGGGUUUCCCAAUACAGCCACUGAGGUUUUGAGGGGUUCUGCAAUUGUCAUGGCACUUAGGGUGUACUCCAGGAAACCUGGGAGUCGGCAGCGCUGUCUAACCCAACACCACCACUGUGGAGUACCCUACAUGACUACGACUUGUUAUUUCUUAGUUACCAAUGCAUGGGACACUCUGGUUCUAGGAGGAGCACCGAUAUACGGCUCUGAAAAAAACUGAAUUAUUAUUUUCUGGAACACAAAUUUUAAUUUAGUGUAUUUUUCCUACUUUGAAAACCAAACAGUCCAAAAUCCACUAAACAAAAAAAAAAAUGACUCACUUCAAAUUUCACUUAGUUCCUGCCAACCCUUAACCCCUGUGUUAGUCCUAGUUGUUAUUAGACCAAAGGUAAUGGUGGUUUGGUCAGAGUUGAAGACGGAUCUGAUUAUCUGGGUAAACAGUAUCAGCGAUAUACUGCUAAUUGGAAGGGAUUAUUUCAUAGGAAAUUCUCCUGUCCUUGGUGACUCAGCCAUUCACCUUACAUGAAGACUGGUCCAGAUGCCUAACUCUACAUUACUUUCCCUAUGUGCCUCUUUAAAGAGAUAAUUAAUCCAGUGAUGUAAAGGAAAGCCCACAGGAAAACAUCUGUUAAAUAGCACUUGGAGUACUAGAGUUAGUAUUUAUUAAUUCAUGUGCCAAAGUUUUUCAUGCCCUUGUAAGAUCCAGUGCGUAUACCAGGUUCCCAAUCUAUAACCUCAAACCAAAGAUAUUUUUGAAUUACCUCAUGUAAUAGCAUCAAAUUAAGGGUAAUGGUAAGGACACCCACAAAUGAGAGUCCCGUACUGAAAAAUGUUAAUUAAAAGCUUCAUAGAGAACAAAAUUUAAUGUUAAGCAUGAGUUAUAAAAAUGUUCAUGAUGUAUAUAAAAUGUGCUGCAAUAUUGAAGUAUAUUAACAUUUAAUUACUUCUUUAUGGGAGUGGCACCAGGGCAGAAAUUUUUCAUGAACAAGAUUAAUUUACCUUAGAGCAAAAGAAAUUUCAUCAGAAAGUUUACUUUGGGUGCCGGCUAACUUGGGCAGGGGUGUGGGGAAAGAAGUACCACACUGAGAAGGAAAGGCCCACCACCCAGUGUCUCCCUUUCUCUCUGAAUGGGUUGGAAAGCCUGACCUCUGAGGUCUUUUUGACCUCUAAAAGUGAGUGAUUCCAAUUCUGACUUGUCAUUGCUUCCUGUUAUCUAAAGGAUUUUAGGAAAUAAUCGGAAUUCUCUUGAAGCCCCCUGGUCAAGUGUCAGACAACACAGCUUUGAUCACACUUUAGGAAGCUAUAUUGACAUAGGCCCAGGAAGGCCACGCCACCUGCAUGUCAGAAUGAAGACUAGCCGUGUUAGAAACAUCCACAUGUGAUGUCCGUGAUGGUCGCAUGAAAAGAUGGGAGAGUCCUUUCUAUUGGAUCAGUUCUGUUUUGAAUGACUUUGAGUGCUUUUAAAAGCAUUUAAAACAGAUGUUUACAUCUUUUUCUACAGAGUUGAACCUACAUAUUUCAGAAUAUCCUGUUGAUGGAGUAAUUUCACUCAAGGUAUAUUUAAGAAGAAAUUCAAUGAUCUCACAUAUCUUUUGACCGUCAUUGAUCAAUAACACUCCUGUAUGCACGCGCCCAAUACCCAACUGCUAUGUAGGGACGCUUUUCUAUACGGUAAAUGUCUCAGCGUUUUGCUGACAGGAAAAGCGAUAGUCCUGUGUGUGGCUUGCAGGUAAACAUGGAACCUUAUGCAUUUGGUCCAUUAAAAUGAAUGGAACGUUAAGAUACUAACAAUGCUAAUAAUAGUGUCCCCCUCAGAGCUAACAACAUUAAGGUUAAGUUCAACCUAUUUGCCAUGCAUGGAUUUUAAAAGUGUGCAGGUACAACCAAAGUACCCUUUAACAAUUUACUUAAGUGAAAGCUUUGUUCUUUGAUGAAAUAGCACUUGUUCAGUUUCAUUGUCUCGUGGUCGGAGAAACCAGGCUUUCUCCCAAUUCUAAAACGUUCAGACUUGAGCUUACUCCUUUCAAAGAGUCCUAUGAACAAGCAAGACCAUAAGCUCCCGUUUCUCAUUGCUGUAGGAUACCUAGGAACACACGUCUUAAUUUUUCCAAUGAAAAAAAACAAUAAAGCUGGCGAGCAUACUUUUUUUUUCCUUUAAAACCUUGCUUUCUGGAGGCAGAAAUGAUUUCACUUUUGAACUUGAGGAUUGUAUGCAGAUCCAGGCAGAUUUGUGUCGUGAAUGUAAACACAAAAGUUUUAUUUUGUUUGAUUUUUUAGAAAUUAUUUUGAGUACAAAAAUUGGCAAGGAAGAUAAAAAUUUAUUUCAUAUUAUCUUUUAAAAUAUUGAAUUUUUUUAAGGUAUGGGUAGCCCAUAAUGUGAUGGGUUUUAUUCAGAAUGCCUUGAUUCUACCCUAUCCUCAGCUCAGAUUUUACAUAUUAAGUACUGCUCAUUUGUCAACUAACAAAAUGAAACAGUUCAUGGUUAUUUGCUUUAGUCUCUAUAAUCUGCUUGAGGCAGGGACCAGAGUGUUGUGUUGUUUUUUUCUUUUUAAUUAAAUAUAUAUUCCCCUUAGCACCUCUCCUGGUGCCUUACCAUAUAGGAAGUACUCAGUGAAUAUUUGUUGGUUGAGUAAUCAGAGAAUACAUUUCCAAAAUAUACAGUUCCUCAAAGACCAAAAAACCCCCAAACCCUGCCAGUCCCUAGACACUCUCAAAUGUGUUUAAAUCUGUAGAACUGAGUCUAAGAUUGAGGUCUGUCUGUACCUUAAAGUGAGGAGGGAUUUGGACUCACCUGGAGGUAGCAACAGUGCCCAGGGCAAUGCCCCCCUUGUGCCUGCCUUGGAGCAAAGCAUAUCGGGGACAGGAGUUGUCCCCAAGCCACGGAGGAAGGAAGCUCCUCCAGUAGAAGCUUGUCAAGAAAGGCAUUCCCCUGGGGAGCUUGCUUUGGAGUUGAGGAAUCUGGGGCAAAAUCUCUCAGAAUGUUCUCAGGGCUGCUGGUCAUCUUGAAGAUUUGAUGGUAAUUAUCUUAAUGUCUGUUAACUCACCUAGGAGUACGUUCAGUGUUGUCUUGGUUUGCGGCUACACUUCAGCAGGGCCCAGGUGGCUUGUGGCCUUGAGCUGAACAGCUUAACUGCUUCAGGAGCAAAAUAAUCAAGUUAGAGUAGAUAAUUCUAUUUCACAAUCAAAUGCCUUUUAAAAUCUUAAUAGAAUCAUCAACAGAGUAGUGAAUCAACAGAAUGAAAUAGUCAACUAAAUAAAUCUCAGAAUAUUAAAUCUAUAGCAUGUAAAAUUAUAUCUCUUUUUUUUAAAAACUCAAAUAUGAUUCUUCUAAAAUCAACACAGCACAUAGCAAAGAACAGGAUUUUGGCCCAGACAGAGGACAUUUAUUGUGACAUUGUAGACAAGCUUACUCUUCCGAGUUGAUCCUUGUCUAUGGAAUGGGGAUUAUAGAUCUACCUAAUUAGAUUGGUUUGAGGUAACAGAAAUAAAACACCUGAUAAAAUCAGGCAGUAAUAAGCAUCCAGCAAAUAAUUUAUUCACUCCCUGAAUUCAGACUUCUUAACCAUGUGAUUCUGUCACACUCCCGAUAGCUUCUAGAAUAUCAAGUUUUUAAGAGAAAUAAGGUUUAAAUGAACAUGGAGAGUAGUCCUGAAGACAUUAUACACAAAGCAUUGCUUUCCUCAAAUAUCUGAGUGCCUGUUUUGUGCCAGACAGUUCUUGGUGCUGGUGUCAGCAGUGAACAAAAUUCUUUACCGGAUGCAGUUUCCAUUCCUGUGGGCAGGGGAACAACACGUAAUAUAAAUAAAAUAUAUAGAAUAUUAGUGGUAAGUGCUGAGGAAAAAUGAAGCGUGAGAGGGAGAUGAUUUUAUGUUUUUCAGAUUAUAAAAAUGAUGCAAAUUAAGAGAACUGUAAUACAAUUAAAAGACCACAAAAGCAAUAAAUGGAAUAAUAAAGGGCACGAUGCAGAGCUAAUAACCCACUGCCCCAUUUCACCCCACUUCCCUUGUAGUAGCCCAAUGUUAUGUCUGCUGCUGUUCGUAGUAAUACAGAUACACAUACUACAUGCGGGGCUGGGGUUUUGUCUUCUACCCAUAAUCUGCAACUUGCUUUUAAAUUUUUAUGUGUAUUAUGAGUACCUUAUAAGUCUACAUAUAUACAUAGCUUCAUUUUGAAUUUCGUAAUAUACACAAUUUUAUAAAUAAAGGGUGGGGAUUUUUUUUGGUGGGUCAGUUUGCUUUAGAUAAGUUGGGUUAUACAUAUUCUCUGCAUCUUUUCUCAUCCAACAAUAUGUUACGAAAACCCCUCCAAGUCUAUCUCAUAGCUCGUACUGCAUUCUUUUUAAUGCUGUAUACUACUCUGUGUUGGUAACUUAAACUUCCAUUAUCAGUGGGCUUUUACUUUGUUACCAGAUUUUUUCCAAUGAUGGCAGUUUUGUCUGCGGACAUACUCACAACCAUGGUGGUUUAAAAAGUCCCUGGGGAAGGAUUGCUGGGUUGAGGGAUGUGUAGAUUUGAAGUUUUUAACACAUGUUGACAGACUGUUUCCCAAAAAGUUAGGGACAAUUUAUGUCCUUCAGUAAGUGUAUAAAAAUAGUCUUUACCAUUUAUACCCACCAGCAGUAGCUAUUGUAUUUUUUUGUUUGUUUGUUUAAAGCCUCUUAAUCGGUAUAGUGAUUCCUCAGUGUUAUUUUAUUUGUAUUUUCCUGACCACUGAAAAUCUGGACAUUUUUUCCUAUGUUCUUUGGUCAUUUGAAUUUCACUCACAAUUAAAUUACUAUUGUAUUAGUGUUCUAUUGCUGCAUAACAAAUUACCACAAACUUAGCAGCUUAAAACAAAAUUCAUGUUUCCUCGUAGUUCUUGUGGGUUAGAGCUUCACGCAGGCUUGAUUGGGCUCCCUGGUGCCCAGCAAGG